AAGACGCCAUUUUGUCAGCCAUUUCCUACACUGAGCCAUUGCCAGCGUCUCUGCACAACACAGGACGCCCCGUCUGGCCUCAACUUCAUCUACCCGGGCUUGGCAAACAGCAACGGACCCUGCACAUACUGUACCCGGGUGGAUGAGAGACAGUCUAGAGGGUCGGUCAGCACCCACUAGACCUCUGGAAGGCGCUUGGCCUCGCAGCACAGAAGCGGUACAAGUCACAGUCAGACAUGGCUUUGAAGAUUGUCAAAGGGAGCAUCGAUCGGAUGUUCGAUAAAAAUCUCCAGGAUUUAGUACGUGGCAUUAGGAACCACAAGGAAGAUGAGGCCAAGUACAUCUCCACAUGCAUCGAUGAGAUCAAACAGGAGCUCAAGCAGGACAACAUCGCUGUCAAAGCCAAUGCUGUGUGCAAGCUCACCUACCUUCAGAUGCUGGGCUAUGAUGUCAGCUGGGCCGCUUUCAACAUCGUUGAAGUCAUGAGCUCCUCCAAGUUCACAUACAAGAGGAUUGGCUACCUGGCGGCCUCGCAGUGCUUUCACGAGAGCACUGAUGUCAUCAUGCUGACCACCAAUCAGAUCCGAAAGGAUCUCAGCAGUCCCAACCAGUAUGACACAGGUGUUGCCCUCACUGGCCUCUCUUGUUUUGUGACCCCUGACUUGGCGCGGGACCUGGCCAAUGACAUCAUGACACUGAUGUCCCACACUAAACCCUACAUCAGAAAGAAAGCGGUGUUGAUCAUGUACAAGGUGUUCCUGAAAUACCCAGAGUCCCUGCGACCUGCUUUCCCCAGGCUCAAGGAGAAACUGGAGGACCCAGACCCAGGUGUCCAGUCCGCAGCAGUAAAUGUUAUCUGUGAGCUGGCUCGGAGAAAUCCCAAGAACUACCUGUCUCUGGCCCCGCUCUUCUUCAAACUCAUGACCUCCUCUACUAAUAACUGGGUUCUCAUUAAGAUCAUCAAGCUGUUUGGUGCACUCACACCACUGGAGCCACGGUUGGGGAAGAAGCUGAUCGAACCUCUGACAAACUUAAUCCACAGUACCUCUGCCAUGUCUCUGCUGUAUGAAUGUGUCAACACUGUCAUUGCAGUGUUGAUUUCCUUGUCCUCUGGGAUGCCUAACCACAGUGCUAGUAUCCAGCUCUGUGUGCAGAAACUGCGAAUCCUGAUAGAAGACUCGGACCAGAACUGUGAGCCCUCUGUCAAUGCCUGCAUGAAGUACCUGGGCCUGCUGGCCAUGUCAAAGAUCCUAAAGACCCACCCCAAGUCAGUGCAGUCUCAUAAGGACCUCAUCCUCCAGUGUCUGGAUGACAAGGACGAGUCCAUUCGCCUGAGAGCUCUGGACCUGCUCUAUGGCAUGGUAUCCAAAAAGAACUUGAUGGAGAUUGUAAAGAAGCUGAUGCUGCAUGUGGACAAAGCAGAAGGAACCACCUACAGAGAUGAACUGCUCACUAAGAUCAUCGACAUCUGCAGCCAGAGCAACUAUCAGUAUAUUACCAACUUUGAAUGGUACAUCAGUAUCCUGGUGGAGCUGACCCGAUUAGAGGGCACACGGCAUGGCCACCUCAUUGCCUCUCAGAUGCUGGAUGUGGCUAUUCGGGUCAAAGCCAUCCGGGUCUUUGCUGUUGCCCAGAUGGCCACUCUGCUGGACAACGCCCACCUGUUGACCGGCAACGUGCAGCGAAAGGGCAUCUGUGAAGUGUUGUAUGCCGCCGCCUGGAUCUGCGGUGAAUUCUCAGAACACUUGGACAACCCGACGCAGACGCUAGAGGCUAUGCUGCGGCCUAAGGUGGCCACCCUACCGGGCCACAUCCAGGCAGUGUAUGUGCAGAACGCAGCCAAGCUGUUUGCCACCGUGCUGAAGAGCCAGGAGGGGAACACGGACAGCACAGCAGCGCAGGAAACCAGCCAGCUGAUGAUAGACAGGCUUCCGCUGUUUGUCCAGAGUGCCAACCUGGAGGUCCAGGAGAGGGCAUCUUGCAUCCUGCAGCUGGUCAAGUACAUCCAGAAACUGCAACAGAAGGACGUAGAAAUAGCGGAGGAAGUCAUCGCUCUGUUCGCUGGAGAACUCAACCCUGUUGCCCCCAAGGCUCAGAAGAAAGUGCCUGUUCCUGAAGGUCUGGACUUGGAUGCCUGGAUCAACGAGCCUCCAUCUGAGAGCGAGUCUGAGGAUGAGCAGCCCCGGGCUAUUUUUGCCAAGGAGGAGCCCAAACACUCCCGCCCCCGUCACACAGAGGUGGACGAGAAGGAACUGGCGAAGAGAAGAGAAGCCAGAAAGCAGGAGCAAGCCAACAACCCGUUCUACAUCAAGUCCUCCCCAUCCUCUCAGAAGGUGUACCAGGAGGCCCCUGGAGUGGAGCACAUCCCUGUCGUGCAGAUUGACCUCAGUGUGCCUCUUAAAGUCCCAGUCUUCUGUCCCACAGGUCUGCCUAUGUCUGACCAGUACGUGAAACUGGAGGAGGAGCGCCGGCAGAAAGACAGAGCAGACAAGAAGAAGAAGGAGAAGAAGAAGAGGAAAGAAAAGCGCAGUGGGCGAGGGAAGAGACAUGAUUCAGGCCCAGAGAGUGAGGAGGACAUAACGCCUGCACACAUGGUUGACAUUGUUACCGAGGAGAUGCCAGAGAAUGCCUUACCCAGUGAUGAUGAUGACAAAGAUCCCAAUGACCCUCAUAAAGCCCUGGACAUCGACCUGGACAACUUGAUGGAGAUGGCUGGGCGCAGGCCACUUGCCGACAGCGAGAAGCUGCCAGUCAGGUCACACCGUGCAGCAGAGGUUCUCAAAAGCCCAGCUCAAGAUGGAGACGCAGAGAGCGCCGCUUCACAGGAGCCCAAGAAGAAGAGCAGCAAAGAAAAGAGAGAAAAGAAGAAGGAUAAAGACAGGGAUAGGAAGAAGAGCAAAGAAGACAAGAAGAAGAAGAAGAAACACAAACAUGAAGAAAAGGGGGAGGAUCUUCUCGGAGGUCAGGCAGAGGAGCCUGUGGUCCAAUCAGAAGCAACCAGUGAGGUGGCUGCACCGCCCACCUCUACCACUGCUGAGGUUUCGGAUCUGGAUUUCUGGCUCUCAAACGCUCCAGUGCCCUCUAACACCCAGGAAGCAGCAACAGUAGUAGCAGCAGCAGAAGCAGCCCCCACGUCUGAGGUGGCCUCUGGCACGGCGCCAGACUCCGAGCCUGAUGAGCCCAAAGACACCGAGACGGAGGAGACUAAGUCCUCCAAACACAAGAAGAAGAAGCAGAAAAAGGAGAAGGAAGAGAAGGAGAAGAAAAAGAAGAAGAAGCAUCAUCACCAUCAUCACCACAGCGACGGAGGUGGAGAGGAGUCGGUGCAGAAUGGGACUGUGGAGGAGGAAGAGCCUCUGCCGCCCAUGUCCAAUUACUGCCUGCUGGCGGAGAACUCCUACAUCAAGAUGAUGAUGGAGGAUGCUGAUAAGGUUAACGACAUCCAGGGGAACCUGCAGGAUGGCAGUCAGGUGGUGGUGUCUGUUAUAUUUGAGAACAAGUGUGACAGCUUCCUCAAAUCCAUGGAGUUCAACGUUCUGGACUCUCUGAACUCCAAACUGCAGAGGCCAGAGGGGUCGGGUCCACAUGACGGCCUCACCGUCCCCUUCCAACUUCCACCUGGGGUGUCCAAUGAGGCGCGAUUUGUCUUCACCAUGCAGAGCAUCAUAACGCCACAGAAACUGAAGGGAACCCUCACCUUCAUAGUAAAGAAUGAGGACUCCUCCACUCAUGAGAAACUGGACUUCAAACUGCACUUUACCUGCACCUCCUACCUAAUCUCUACUCCCUGCUACAGUGAUGCGUUUGCAAAGCUGCUUGAGUCGGGCGACCUGAAGUGCAGCUCUGUCAAACUGGAGGGAGUCGUCAUGCCCUUCCACCACCUACUGGCCAGGAUCUGCUUCCGCCACCAUUUCUCUGUUGUGGAGAGGAUCGACUCCUGUGCCUCAAUGUACAGCAGGUCUAUCCAGGAUCACCAUGUCUGUCUGCUGGUCAAAACUUCUGGUCAGACAGUGUCUAUUGACGCUAAAUGUGACGAGCCGACGCUGCUUGGGAAUGUGCUGGAUGAGAUCAAGCAGACCUUCUCUCAGUGCUGAUUGUGUCCGACAGCCCCAGGGUGCCCCUGCCCCCCUUCAUGCCACCCCCUCCCUCGCUGAAACACAACAUAAUCAUGUUACGAAAACACUGCGGCUGGCACCUCCAGUAUCGCCCUAUUUAUUAGUCCUCAGAUUCGCAAGAUUUGUAUCCCCUUACCUUCUUCUUCAUUGUUCCACACUUUGUUCCGCUGCACUCUGAACUCUGUGAUCACUCCCUGACACUUGGUGUUGUUUUACAGACUCACUGUGUGUACAUGUGUCGUCUUCUUUGCAACGCACUUUCAUCUUUAAUUCCUGUUUUUUUUUGAACCCCCAACAGCCACCCUGUUCCUCCCUGACUCUGACUCUAUACUGAGCUCCUGUUUCUGGAUGCCCUGCAUCCUCUGCUCUUUCCUGUGUACCUCUCUCCACCCUCCACUCUUGUCGGCAAUUCAGUCUGUGACAGUCAUGUAAUGUAAUGUUGACAACUGAACUUUUGCUGUUGAUGGUUGAAUUGUGAUUUUACUGUUUUGAAGGUUUUGUCUUUGGUUUGUUUUUGUUUGUUUUGUCUUCAUUUUUUUUUUUUUGUAGUAGUAUGAAACCUGUCUGCGCCUUUUGUCUCGCGCCCUUCUUUCUGCCCACUAAACAUCAGCGUGCGUGCUGCUCAACUUUGUAGGCCUGGAAAAAACAUGCGACUGACCCUUUCUCAGACUGGUCCUAGCUGGAACACUGGGGGACUCUCACCUGCUCACCCACCACUGACCUGGUGCCUGGAGAACACCAGACACUGAGCUCCUGCAGUGUGAACAGCAGAGAUGAAACCACAUAUAAGGCAUGGGUUUUAAACCUCUUUCAGAGCUGUUGCCCUACUUGCCUUUUGUCUCAGAGCAGAUCUCCUAGUGUUAGUUCAACACAAUCCUAGUGUGGCACUACGGGUGAUUUGUACAGUAGAUCAGUGGUUUUGCUCUGUGCCUUAGCUGUGCAGUCUGACCUACUCCAGCGCUUCAUGAGUCUUGUAGAGACUCCCUCCCCAGUAUAUCUGCUCCCGCCCAAGCCCCGUGAUCAACUGUGCUAAGCUGCAGUUUGACACCCUGCCCCAAGAACUUCCAACAUAUCAUUCCUUUCACAAAUCAAAGAUUAAUUUGAAGGCAGAAGAGUAUACAAAUGAUUGAAAACUUCAGAGUAGAAGUGUACAGUGUAAUGUGAGAUUUCUAUUUCACCACAGGACAGGCCACUGCCACCUUUAUCAGCUUCCUCUUUAACUCAGAUAUUACUGUACCAGUAUCUACUGUAAUACACAGAAGGAUACUGUUAUUUCUAUGAAACCUCUAUGGUGCUGAGGGCCCUCAAUUGUGUCACCAUGUGGUCAAGUUAAUGACAGAAUAAUCUGGCAUUAAGAGAGCUGCCCAUGUUACAUCACUGUCCUGACUCACUUCUCUGGAAAGUCAAAUAUGACGACAAAGUUACACUAUCAACCUGUCUUUAGUUUUAAAACCUUCAGGUUGCAAGUUGUUCUCUCUGUAAGCAGAGACUGUUAACUGGUCAGUGGUUUUAGUUUCCCUUUCAAGCAGUGUUAGGCAACGUGGCUUCCAAUGUAGGGAAGCCUCCACAGUGUCAACAGCAAAGUGCAGUUUUGUCUGUCUUCGGGUGAAAUCGUGAGACAUUUACACCUGUGCCACUUUGACGUUUGCAUCACAGUAGCUGCGCCCAGGUUGGCUGACACCCAGUUGGCAUGUACCCGGAUAAACCCCAAUGUUUCUUUUCCUUUUAGUAACUGCCUUGCCACUUUCUUGUACAUUGACAUGUUAUGAUAAAAAUGAAUGGCCAUUUUUUUUUUUUUUUUUUUAAAGAAAUGGCUGCUGCCUCUUGGAACUUUCUCAGAGGUACUUGAUGUUUUAGUUUGUCAUUCAUGUCUGAAAUCACUACCUGGUCCAGCACGACUUAACCUUGUAGUAGCAAGAUCAAAACUGACUUGGUAGCGUCUCUAAUCAUAAAUACUGGUAAGGCCCUCAUCAUCAUAUCUGUCUGCUAUUGUAGAUAACGACUAUGAUAAUGAUGUCUGUGACCAGAAGAUCAUGUCAGCCAUUCCACGAGAUCUUCUGUCCAGUAGUAGAGCCUGAAUACAGAAGGGAUCGGCUGUAUUCCAGGAAUGGCAAUAGAAAAUAAGUAUGUCUGUAAUCCCUGUUCCUGAUAUAAGAGAAACUGGAAGAAAAAAAACCUCCCCUAAUCAUACAUUGUGCUGAUUCUGAUCAUUUUACUGUGCAUAUUUGAUUCAAAUUUGUAUAUUGCAUGAUUAGGAAUGUACACUUUUUUAUUUCCCUUUUAUUUCUGUUCCAUUGACAUGCUUACACAAAGAAAAACUUGUCAUUCCAUUUUGUCCUUUUUCUUUAUAGUUUUUUUUUAUGAAGUUUACUUGAUCAUUCUCUAUUUUUGAUGGUGUUGUGUUUUUAUCUAUUCUAAGUUCAGACAAAUAAAAAAGUGAUAUCAUUGAAUGUUUUAAAUUAUUAAACACAGGGGAAGGGAGGGGGUUAUAUUCAGUGUCAUGACAGUGAGGGCAUGGGGCUCUGAAUAAUAAGUUGAGUAGAACAGGUCACGUGAAGCAGUGUACUGAGAGGCAACCCACUCUGUCUUAAUUCUCUAUUGGUUCAGUUGUAGUGAGUUAUUUUACCAAGUUUGGCUUGUGACAUUUAAAUAUACUCUCGUAUGACUGACUUUGGAAAGUCCUGUCUUUUUAUUUCUCCAUAUUCCAUUAUCAAGCUGUACAAUGUAAAAUGUUUUAAAGGGUACAACAUAAAUGAUCUACAUUCCCUUUAAAGAAAGUCCACCCAAAUUAAAAAAAAUAAAGGCUGUAAGAAGCUGC